AUGGUGUAUGUCCGGGCGCAUGCACGUGCUGUGCAUGUCCUUUUGGCUAUUGUUUCUUGUUAUCUCCUCAAAUUUGCUCUACUCUCCUUUCUUAUAUUCCUUUCACAUGCCGAGCUGCAGGCUAAAGAAGACAAUACCAGCAAUGGAGAACUAAGAUUUCAUGUGAAGGAAAGUUACAACGACGACUACGACACAAAUUCACUCAAGCCUGAGGGCAUUCUUAUCAAGAAGGCGAGCAUCGGCGGAUGGAAGUGGACAAGCCUCUUGCUAGCGAAUCAAGGGCUGGCAACACUAGCAUUCUUCGGGGUGGGAGUGAACUUGGUGCUUUUUCUGACCAGAGUUCUCGAGCAGGGGAAUGCGAGUGCAGCCAACAAUGUGAGCAAGUGGACCGGGACCGUUUAUUUGUGCUCCUUGAUCGGGGCCUUCCUCAGCGACUCUUACUGGGGACGUUACUUGACCUGCACCAUCUUUCAGCUAAUUUUCGUGCUGGGGUUGGUGCUAUUAUCUGUAACAUCUGGUGUCUUCUUGAUCACACCAGACGGUUGCGGUGAUGGGAAACUACCUUGCAUGCCUGCCUCGCCAACUGGUGUUGCCAUCUUCUACCUAUCAAUCUACAUGAUAGCUUUUGGCUAUGGCGGCCACCAACCCACUAUAGCCACUUUCGGAGCAGACCAGUUUGAUGAGGCAAACCCCAAACAGAAGAACUCCAAAGCAGCAUUUUUCUGCUAUUUCUACUUUGCGCUCAACGUUGGGUCCCUCUUCUCAAACACCAUCUUGGUGUAUUACGAGGACUCGGGGAAGUGGACAUUGGGGUUCUUGGUAUCCACCGGUUCUGCCAUAGUGGCGUUGCUGCUGUUUUUAGUGGGGACGAAAAAGUAUCGGUACGUGAAGCCGAGCGGCAACCCUCUGCCACGCCUUGCUCAGGUGUUCGUGGCCGCCGCGAGAAAAUGGGACAUUGUUCCAGCCAAAGAAGGGGACCUCUAUGAGUUGGAAGGGUCGGAAUCUGCAAUCAAAGGGACUAGAAAAAUUCUGCAUAGCAAUGAGUUUGUAUAUUUGGACAAGGCAGCCACGAUCACCGAGAGCGAUCUAUCGAGUCCAAAGAAUCCAUGGAGGUUAUGCACGGUCAGCCAAGUUGAAGAGGCCAAAUGCGUCCUGAAAAUGAUUCCGGUUUGGUUGUGCACAAUAAUCUACUCGGUCGUCUUCACUCAGAUGGCCUCCCUCUUCGUGGAGCAAGGCAACGUGAUGAACUCUAUGAUAGGGCAGUUCCACCUCCCAGCCGCCAGCAUGUCGGCCUUUGACAUCUGCAGCGUCCUCAUCUGCACUGGCAUAUACCGCCAGUUCCUCGUGCCGCUGGCCGGGAGAUUGAGCGGGAACCCCAAAGGCCUGACUCAGCUCCAGAGGAUGGGGAUUGGGCUCAUCAUCGGCAUGUCAGCCAUGCUUGCGGCUGGCGCGACCGAGGUUGCACGGCUCAGGCAUGUCGUACCGGGUGAGAAGUCAAGCGCCCUGAGCAUCUUCUGGCAAGUGCCGCAGUACAUGCUUGUCGGCGCGUCUGAGGUGUUCAUGUACGUGGGCCAGCUCGAGUUCUUCAACGAGCAGGCCCCGGACGGGAUAAAAAGCUUCGGGAGCUCGCUCUGCAUGGCCUCCAUGUCUCUGGGGAACUAUGUGAGCAGCAUGCUGGUGAACAUGGUGACGCGGAUCACAACCCAGGGUGACAAGCCCGGCUGGAUACCCGAGGACCUCAACACAGGGCACAUGGAACGGUUCUACUUCCUCAUCGCGGCGCUGACGGCCUUUGAUUUCGUGAUCUACUUAUUCUGUGCCAAGUGGUACAAGAUCAACAACCUGGAGAGCGAAGAAGACAACGAGGGAGUGGACAAGGAGGAUCAGGAAGAGCAGGUGCUUGUCAGAGUUUAAGAUCGCCUCUUUCAGUUUUCGGUCAAGAUUUUUCACAUUUAACCUCUUGGGUUGCCAUGAAAUAAAAACCUCCACUGUCUUAGGAUCAGUGAAAUUAAAUUUUUGUCUUUUCCCGCGACCAAACCAGGCCUGGACUUUCGAGAGCUAUUAGUUGCAGAUUGGAAGGAAUAAACAGCGAAAUAAGGGGCCUGACUUGUUAAUCUACUUUUUUUCUUUUUUUCUUUUUGGU